UUUAAUCCCACCCAGACUUGUAAAUCGAGAUAUCAACCUUUAUUCUGGUUUUCUACCGAUAAAAAAAGGAGAACAAAAGAUGAAUCCUCGUCUACCGCCUCCUACACAGUAUCAAGAAAAACAACCAAGCAGGAGUGAAGACAAUCAAACCUUGAUGCAGUGGACUACCUGCCUAUUACAUUUUAAUUAAAAAUAACCAACGGAGAAACGUGGACUGAACGCACUUUAAAAGUAAACGCAAUUUAAAAUAGUUCGGGGAUUCCUAAUAGGAAAUUCUUCUGAAGAGUUCGCGGUAAUAUGCGGUUACUACAGAAUGAACAUGUGAAGACACAAUUUACCACUUGUGGAUGAGUGGGGAAAGAGGCACAACCGAAGUCUGUUCUUUGAAGUGAAGUUUGUGCGUUGCUGAGAACAGCCGGUUCUAUUGAUAAAUACGGAUGAAAACACGGAGGAGAGGGAGCGACAGUUAAAGCAAUAUGGCUGAGCGGUUGGGCAGGGGGCGCUGGCAGAAACUCCCCAAAGCUUCUGGAUGCUAGCUAUUGAAGAUGGCAACAAAUCCCUGGACAUCGGUAGCAGAAUAAUGCCGAAAAACAGAAAUCAUUUCAAUCCGGACUCGUCCUCUAUCCACAUAUCCAAGAUGCAUGUGAACAUCCCUUUUUCUCCUGAUGUUCCCUGUGAUAGCAAUGGCCAGCGCAUGUGGUGGGCAUUUCUCGCCUCCUCUAUGGUCACUUUCUUUGGAGGUCUCUUUAUCAUUCUACUGUGGAGAACUCUCAAAUACCUGUGGACUGUCUGCUGCCACUGUAACGCCAAAAAAAAGCGAGUCCACAAUCCCUUGGGUGACGGCAUCAAGCGAGUUGGGGACAAAGUGACGGAGGUAGCUGCCAGUGAGGUGGGAUGGAUGACCUCUGUGAAAGACUGGGCCGGGGUCAUGAUAUCGGCACAGACACUGACGGGGAGAGUCCUGGUGGUGCUUGUGUUUGCUCUGAGCAUCGGGGCCCUUGUAAUAUACUUCAUCGAUUCCUCCGACCCAAUUGAAUCCUGUCAGAAUUUCUACAAAGACUUCACGUUACAGAUCGACAUGGCGUUCAACAUUUUCUUCUUGUUGUACUUUGGUCUACGUUUCAUCGCGGCCAAUGACAAGCUGUGGUUCUGGCUUGAGGUGAACUCUGUGGUGGACUUCUUCACGGUUCCUCCUGUGUUUGUUUCUGUCUACUUGAACAGGAGCUGGCUUGGCUUGAGGUUUUUAAGGGCCUUAAGAUUGAUACAGUUCUCAGAAAUAUUACAGUUUUUGAAUAUAUUAAAAACAAGCAACUCCAUAAAACUGGUGAACUUGUGUUCCAUCUUCAUAAGCACAUGGCUAACAGCAGCUGGAUUCAUACAUUUGGUGGAGAACUCAGGAGACCCUUGGGAAAACUUCCAGAAUUCCCAAGACCUUUCCUAUUGGGAAUGUGUGUACUUACUCAUGGUCACCAUGUCCACUGUAGGCUAUGGAGACGUUUAUGCAAAAACCACCCUGGGUCGUCUUUUCAUGGUCUUCUUCAUCCUCGGUGGUUUGGCCAUGUUUGCGAGCUACGUCCCUGAAAUCAUAGAGUUAAUAGGCAACCGCAAGAAAUAUGGUGGUUCCUAUAGUGCGGUUAAUGGGCGAAAGCACAUCGUGGUCUGUGGUCACAUAACACUUGAGAGUGUUUCGAACUUCCUGAAAGACUUCCUACACAAGGACAGGGAUGAUGUCAAUGUAGAAAUUGUUUUUCUCCAUAAUAUUUCCCCUAAUCUUGAGCUGGAAGCCUUGUUCAAGCGCCACUUCACCCAAGUGGAGUUUUACCAAGGAUCUGUUCUCAACCCACACGAUCUGGCUAGAGUCAAGAUUGAGUCAGCUGACGCCUGUCUGAUUUUAGCCAACAAAUACUGUGCCGACCCUGAUGCCGAGGAUGCGUCCAAUAUUAUGAGGGUGAUAUCCAUCAAGAACUACCACCCGAAAAUUAGAAUAAUCACUCAGAUGUUGCAGUACCAUAACAAGGCCCACCUUUUAAACAUUCCAAGUUGGAACUGGAAGGAGGGAGACGAUGCGAUCUGCCUUGCAGAGCUGAAGCUGGGGUUCAUCGCUCAGAGCUGCCUGGCACAAGGCCUGUCCACCAUGCUGGCCAACCUGUUCUCCAUGAGGUCCUUCAUCAAGAUUGAAGAGGACACAUGGCAGAAGUAUUACCUGGAAGGUGUAGCCAAUGAGAUGUACACAGAGUAUCUGUCCAGUGCCUUUGUAGGCUUAUCUUUUCCCAUGGUUUGCGAACUCUGCUACGUCAAGCUGAAGCUGCUGCUGAUAGCCAUAGAGUACAAGUCUGAUCAAAGAGAAAGCAGCACCCUCAUCAAUCCUGGCAACCAUGUUAAAAUGCAGGAGGGAACUUUGGGCUUCUUUAUUGCCAGUGAUGCCAAAGAAGUGAAAAGGGCACUAUUUUACUGCAAGGCUUGCCAUGAUGACAUCACAGACCCCAAAAGGAUUAAGAAAUGUGGAUGCAAAAGAUUGAUAUAUUCCAAGAUGUCCACCUACAAGAGAAUGAAACUGGCAUGUUGUUUUGAUUGCGGCUGUACUGAGCGUGACUGCUCUUGCAUGUCGGCUAAUGUGCGUAGUAACUUGGACACCUUCCCACGAGGCAUCCCACCCUCUCCUGUCUCUGUUCAUGAUUGCUCGGCCACGUUACGUGCCUCUAAAAAUAGCUAUAACGGAUAUAUCAAAUCAAUGGAAGAGGACCAGCAGUCGCCUCUGUCGCCUCAUAAGAAACAACAACGCAACGGAGGCAUGAGGAACUCCCCCAACUCCUCGCCCAAAAUGAUGAGGCAUGACCCUUUACUCAUCCCGGGGAGCGAGCAGAUUGAGAGCAUGGACGGGAACGUGAAGAAAUACGACUCCACCGGGAUGUUUCAUUGGUGCCCGUCCAAAGACAUGGAGAAGGUCAUGUUGACCCGCAGCGAGGCAGCCAUGACUGUGCUCAGUGGCCACGUGGUCGUCUGCAUCUUUGGGGACGUGAAGUCUGCGUUGGUGGGCCUCCGGAACCUGGUGAUGCCGCUCCGAGCCAGCAACUUCCACUACCACGAGCUGAAGCCCAUCGUGUUCGUGGGCUCCCUGGAGUACCUGAAGAGGGAGUGGGAGACCCUCCACAACUUCCCCAAGAUCUCCAUCUUACCCGGCACACCGUUAAGCCGGGCAGAUCUGAGGGCUGUCAACAUCAACCUCUGCGACAUGUGUGUCAUCCUGUCAGCCAAUCAGAACAACAUCGACGAUGCGUCACUGCAGGACAAAGAAUGCAUCUUGGCGUCGCUCAACAUCAAGUCUAUGCAUUUUGACGACAGCAUCGGGGUCUUGCAGGCUAAUUCCCAAGGUUUCACUCCUCCUGGAAUGGACCGGACGUCCCCAGACAGCAGCCCAGUGCACGGGCUGGCACGGCAGAGCUCCAUCACUACAGGAGCCAACAUCCCCAUCAUCACUGAGCUGGCACCGUUAGCCAAACCGGGCAAAGUACUGCCUGUGAUUUCAUUCAGUCAGGAUAAAAGCAGUGGGAACAACUUACAAAUGAUAACUGAGCUGGUGAAUGACUCCAACGUUCAGUUCUUGGACCAGGAUGACGACGACGACCCGGACACAGAGUUGUACCUGACGCAGCCGUUCGCCUGUGGGACUGCGUUCGCGGUCAGCGUGCUGGACUCCUUGAUGAGUGCGACAUACUUCAACGAUAAUAUCCUCACCUUGAUCCGGACGCUGGUCACAGGCGGGGCCACCCCGGAGCUGGAGGGGCUGCUGGCGGAGGAGAACGCGCUGCGAGGCGGGUACAGCACGCCGCAGACGCUGGCCAACAGGGACAGGUGUCGCGUAGCACAGCUGGCCUUGUACGACGGGCCCUUUGCAGACUUGGGGGAUGGUGGCUGUUAUGGGGAUUUAUUUUGCAAAGCAUUAAAAACGUACAACAUGUUAUGCUUUGGAAUCUACCGAUUAAGAGACGCGCAUCUCAACCAGCAGAGCCAGUGUACUAAACGCUAUGUGAUAACUAACCCGCCCUACGCGUUUGAGCUGGUGCCCUCCGACCUGAUCUUCUGCCUGAUGCAGUUUGACCACAACGCGGGCCAGUCCAGAACCAGCCUCUCCCACUCCUCCCAGUCCUCUCAUUCCUCCAGCAAAAAGAGCUCCUCUGUCCACUCCAUCCCCACCAUCAACCGCUCCAACCGCGCCAAAAGCAGGGACUCGCGAGACAAACAGAAUGCUACAAGGAUGAAUAGAAUGGGCCAAGAAAAGAGCCGUUAUACAGAUGAGCAAGAGAGCGCCACCCAGAGAACCGGCCAGAACAAGGGUGCUCUCGCCACCAACCAAGUCAGUCAGUUCAGAUCCAUGAGCAACCUGAUCCAACCCAUCAGAGAGGUGGAGGAUGAAUGCUGAGCCCUGCUACCAAGCCUACAGCUGGACAUCCUGGACCCCACACCCGGACCCCACACCCGGACCCCCUGGACCCCACACCCGGACCCCACACCCGGACCCUACACCCGACAGGCGUUUUCCUGUCCAUAUGUACAGUUGUUGACGAUAACAUGCUUUUGGAUAUAUUUUCUAGAUAUUCAUACAAUAUAUAGGUAUAUACAGUAUAUAUAUAUAUAUAUUGAUAUAUGUAUAUAUAUAUAUAUGAUGUAUCAUACAGUGCUUAUACACAGACAAUUAUAUUCAUUGUGCAGUCACUCACUCAGUUUUUGCUUUGCACUGGGCUUCAGGUUGUGUUUUUGAUUGAGGGUCAUGUCAAUGAGACAAAAUGCUACACGGUUAAAAAUGAUAAAUAUAUAUAUUAUGACUGGUUUUUAUUGUAAAUGGACCAUUGCUUUCACUUUACAACUGUAUUAAAUGCCAGAUGUCUACUCACUGUUGAGUGAUUCAGCAUCUGUCUGUAUUUGAGAUCCAUAAUUAACGUUACUAGAAAAUAUUGAUGUAUUGGUGUAGUCUACCACAGUCCUACAAGAAUGAAACUGUUAUUGAAUACAUUGUCACUCAAUGCUUUGCCAUUUGAGAUCAGUUCACAACAUUUGUGAUUGUUUAGAUGGCCAAUGAUCAUGUCAAAUGUAUUGUAUUGGCUUCUGCCUUAUUUCCUUUCUAUGCUAUUAUCUAUUCUUUUUUUGUAUUCUAUUUUUUGUUUUUAAGUUUCUUUCCAAUCAUUAGUACUCUUUUUAAGGCUUUGAUAUGACAAAGACUGCUUCAGCCCGUUUAUAGGUGCUCUGAUUUCGAAGUGACAACUGAACUAAGGAAGGGAUUCAAUUGACCUCUCAAUAGCCCAAAUAUGAUAGAGCUGUUUUACAGGAGACGAAGUAGGACAAGUGAAACGCAAGAUUAGCUAAUCAAGCAAAUAACUUAAUUUUUGCAUAGACAUAUAUGACACAGCGAUAUGAUGUCUCUCUAGGUGAGCUAGCGCAAGAGAAUUUGAAAAGCCUCAAAUCGCAUCAGGUGGGCAUUCUAAGAGACCUCCUUUGGUAACGGACACUGCCUGACACGGGAUUGGCUUGGAGGCACGUGGGUGCUUGGAUGUUCUCCAUGACCAAUCCUAAUGCCACGCUCAUAGACAGUCGAAUAGUUUACUCCUGAAACAGCUCGAUCAUAAAUGGAGAACUUGGCUAACCCAUACGAACGCCAGUUUCCAAGCUUAUUGAUGUCACACUUUUGCUACAAAGAGACCUACCAGAUCUGAGUAUGGUCACCUGCUCCUUAAAGGAAGGGCUUUUAUCAGUACGGUUGUCAAUUAGUCACGUUUAUGUUUUCCUGUUCCUGUUGAAACAGCUGGUUAUUUAAAGCUAAGGACUAACUUAAGCCAUAUCAUGAAACAACAUACAUACUGUACUUUUUUUUUUUGUCAUUGUGUUAAUGUUCAAGGUAAAUACUACAAUCAAUGAAACUCAUUGCUGAGUAGCCAAUAGCGAUACGUCUAUGAGGGCGUGGCAUUUUUGCUGGCACAGGGAACAUCCAAGCAAUCCGUGCCUCAGUGCUAGUAAUGUGCCAGGCAGUGUUCAGACCAUAGGAGGACUCCAGAAGACCCACCGUUGCGACAAGAGGCUUACGAGGAGGAUAGCAUCACAGGGCUAACUUUGGUGUCUUACUCUCGCGUUUAGAAUCUCUUCCCUACACGCUUUUCCGUAGUUUGCCUCUUUAAGGCUUGUAACUUGAAGCUUACGUUUACUCUGUAAUGUAUUUUCUAUUACAUGGAACACCAAACUUUGAAACUAAUGACUAUUUUAAGAGACUUAUCAUUUAGUAGGCCUACGGGAGACAUACCGUAAUCUCUGAGUAAGAUAAGAAUUGUAGCAUUUAUUUAGAGUGAACAAAAGUCUUAAUUAUCAUUCGAAAGAUGCAAUUAGAAUUAGCAUGUAUCAAGUCUAUUCAUAUUUUGCUGUCUUGUUUUGAUUUACGUGAUUUUUAAGAAAUUUAAAGAGCUUUAUAAUAUUAUUCCUGAGUGUACUUCUCUGAAAAGUAGCAGUUGCCAGGGAAGUCAUGAUCAGUCACGUUUGUUCGUUUGUAUUAUUUAGCACAUCGAUUUGUGGAGACAAUGACCGUGCUAAGUUUAUAUUUCUGACUAUGUCACACAAUACUCAAUGAUAAACACAGUAUAUUGUCUUGUACAAAAGGUCUGUAAAUAACUUGUACAUGAUUUCAUUUUGUAUUUUCACAAAUUAAAGCUGAUGUAUUGUGUUCUAUA